AGGCAAUUGAGAUUCCAGGCAUGCAGGUUUAUUUAAUUAUUGAAGCACGUUAAUUCCCAAAAGAAAAUUUAAACUCACUUCGGUACGUUUAUUGAAAGAUAGUCACACUGGCAUGCGGUGACUAUUUCUGUCCGCUGGGUGGAGACAACCCACAGCUCUACGGGGUGCCUGUGAAUGAAACAUUCAGGCUACUUCCUACUGCAGCUUAGUCAUCCUGGUAAACUGGAUAAUAAAUAAAUAAAUUUAGGAAUAACUGCGCAGUGGUAGACUAUAUUACAAACUAUAAGGAAUUGUUGUAAAGGGGUAAAAUAAACAGCAGAGGGCAGCAAAACACCAAUGCAGCGCCUUAUCUGCUUCGCCAAAUACAGAAGAAGACACUGUUCGCACAUCCAUUUUCCAGCUGUUUACUCGUUGUUGAUACUUGUGGUGCACGUUGCUAGUGGACCCAGAAAGAUACAUAUAUUUAAACAUACUACAGUAGUAACCAGAUGGCAUUCGCUGUGCCGAUAUGGCUUGCAGUUCAGGACGAGCUCCUCAAACGCGGAGAGGCAGAAGACGGGACUCGAAGCUGUUUCGAUGAUUUCGACGACGACAAUUUGUUUCAGAUAUUACACCUCACCAGACCCUGCAUGGAGUUCAUCACAGACGCCGUGGGCGUCCGCAUGAAAAAAGAGGACCUCGUGCUGCCCGUGGACUCGAUGGUCAUGGUGGCGCUUAACUAUUACGCACACGGAGUCUCCUCCGCCGCCAUCCUGCAGCGAUUCGGACUGAGUCAGACGGAGUGCCUCACCAAUAUUGUUGGCACGGUUUCCGGUGUCAUAGCAGGUCUGUCCGACCAGUUCAUAUCAUUCCCACUGACUACAAAGACUAGAGUCAAAGUGGCCGCGAAGAUAGAGAGACUCUGCGGCAUCCCAGGUGUUCUGGGCGUCCUGGCUCCGGUCCACUUCAAGACCAGAGUUUCCCCCUAUGAGAAGGACGCGUUCAGGUCUUUUGUCAACGCCCAGGGCUACACAUCGGUGGUCAGCCAGAUCAUAUGCGACAACGACGGCAACAUACUGAGCGCUGAGAAGUGCUGUGUGGGCAGCGCUUAUGAGCAGGACAUGUGGGACUCUUCUACCAAGGGCAGGGAAAUGGAGGAGGAGCUGCACGGCCCUUUCUGGGUUAUUGGGGGCAAAGGCUACCACUUGAGCAAACAUGUCUUGACUCCUGUGUCUGAACCUGCAAACGACAACGAGGUCCGCUUCAACGAGGCCCACGCAAAGAUCCACAAUGUCAUGCAGACAACGGUUGGCUCCAUGAAGAGGCGUUUCAAGUGCCUGAUGCAACUUGGUUUUGCACAAGAAGGCUCCCUGAACAAACAGUCUAAUAUUAUCAAGGCGUGCUGUGUACUGCACAACAUCGCCAAAAAGUUCUCUGUCCCCCCUCCGCCUGCAUUUGGUAAAAUUGAGCCUCUGCCUCCUGCCAAACAGCAUUCAGUGCCAGUGGAGAUCAACCCUGACGCUCUGAAAGCCAGACAGGAACUUAUUGACAGUCACUUCUCUGUCCGUUUGAACAGCCAGGACAGUCAAGGAAGUAACAUUACAAAAGACGAUCUCUGACAGCAAGAAUACACACUGCAACGAAACCCCAGUUUACAUUGGAAGAUUUAUGCACAGUUAGUUUGAAAAUAUACACGAAUCCGACAGUGUACUGCAUUUCAUUUACAAACUUGGUAGUACUAUAUUCUGCUAUUUGUUUUAAAUACAAAAUAUUUUUUAUUUUUAUGUACAAAAGAUUGUUUUCUACCCUCAUCUGUUAUUGUUAAUAAAUGUAAUAUUAAAACA